UAACGUAUAGCCCAAUAUCAAAUUGACCAAAGACAAUAGGGUUUGGGUUCAUGAAUUGGAAUACCUCUCACAUGGGGUUCCCCUCUUUAGCGUCAUAUUGGAAUCUCCUCCCCGUGGACCCACAUUUUACUAGCUCGAAAUCCUUCCAAUACCUUACAAAUGGUUCGAAAACAUACUCUUCACAGAGAAUAGAGAUAUCCUCACUCACUGAAUGACUGAAUCAAAGCCAAGUACAAUAUCCCAACCAUCCUACAAGCUUCUUAGGCAUCCAACAAGUGGGCCUGAUAAAUGAGCCGGUGGGCCCCUACACCCAUCAAGUGGGCCACUGAUGAAAAAGCUCUGAUCAAUGAGUCAGUGCUUGGAAUUUGCAUCCUGCAUGCACCAUAUCUUUCUUGGUAUUUUAAUUCCUACCUUUAAACCCAUGAAGCGUCACAACGUCUUGUGCCUAGUCACCUAGGCUCCCAUUUCCAGGGAAGUUUCUAAAGGAGAUUCUAUGGAAUCAUCCUCUCUCUCUCUCUCUACACUUUUGACAAUAUUAUAAAAUCAGCUGCAAGGCUCGUUGGGCCACGGGUUGUAGUUUGAGUAAUAACCGAAUAUGCCGGGAAUGCUUUUGCUUCAAAGUUCGAAGUUCAGGCAGGCUUUAAGUGUCCGUCCACUCGUCAUCACGCGUAGCAUAUGCCUUCAAAUAUUCUACUUUUCACUAAUAUAACCUCUGUAGCUUCUUUUUCUUUUCCUGCUCUGCGUUUUGGGCUAAUAAUAUAAUCUGUUUGGUCCCUUCUGGGUUGAAGGAAGAGGGAUUGAUUGGAAACAUGAAAUUCGGGAAGAGAUUGAAGCUCCAAAUUCAAGAGACCUUGCCCGAGUGGCGGGACAAGUUCUUAUCUUACAAGGAUUUGAAGAAGCUCGUCCGGCUUAUCUCUUCUGGGACGUCGACAUUGGGGAAAUUGCAUGAGCCCUGCAAAGCAGAAGCCAAUUUUGUUUACUUUUUGAAUGCAGAGAUUGAUAAGUUCAACGCCUUCUUUAUGGAGCAAGAAGAGGAUUUCAUAAUCCGUCAUGAAGAGUUAAAACAGAGGAUCCAGAGGGUGGUCGCUACAUUUGGACCAAAUGGAAGUCAGCCUUCAGAGGUGGAUUAUAGAGAGGAGAUGGACAGGAUUAGAAAAGACAUUAUCAAUUUCCAUGGUGAAAUGGUAUUGUUGGAAAACUAUAGCAACAUCAAUUAUACAGGGUUGGCUAAGAUAUUGAAGAAGUAUGAUAAACGUACCGGAGGUUUGUUGCGACUACCUUUCAUUCAGAAGGUAUUGCAGCAGCCUUUCUUCACAACGGACCUUGUUUCAAAGCUCGUCAAAGAAUGUGAGAACACAAUAGAUGCAGUGUUCCCAGAUGUGCAGGAAGAAGGUAGAAUAAAGGAAAGAGGACAAAAAGAAGCAUCAAUGGUGGCUUGUCAGGGAAUUUUCAGGAAUACCAUAGCUGCUCUAGUGACCAUGCAAGAAAUGAGAAGAGGGAGCUCUACUUAUGGUCAAUUUUCUCUUCCUCCUCUCAACUUGCCAGACUCUGAGCUCAUUCAGUCCUUCCAACCUAACUCUCCCAUUCCCAUUCUCUAGUAGAAAACAAAUUGAACAAAGAUUUAUGGUUACAACAGAGUACACUCUUCUGUUUUCUGUUUCUUCUCUUGUAUAAAAAUAUAGAUUAUCAUUUGUGUUUCUUUAUCAAAAUAAGUUGAUGACAAAAAUUGUCUGAUAUACACAUCACAAAGAGCAAAAUUAUAUGUCUGGAAUAUAGAAGCAUUUAUCAGAACUAGCAGAAAAAAGCUUUCAUUCAGUAACCACAAAUAUUCAUGGAUUGUUCGACCUUUAUUCAUUCCAUUUUCUUGACCGGUUACAGCUUGUUCGACUAAAACCUUUAUCGGAUAAUCUGAAAAUCAAACACCUGUAACUGGGGUAUUAAGUUUAUUGGGGGCAUCAAACAGAAGGGUUUCAGGAUGAUAAGUAUGUCUGUUAUCUGCAGCAGAAAAUUGCAAUACGAAGUGAAACGUAGGACUGAAAUGGACAAGAACAAUACCU